GCGAAGUUUCGGUCCUUCAGCGCGCGCGUCUCGUCUCGCCUCCCCUUUGCAAGCGCGUUGUUUGGGCGGUGCACUUAAUAAAAGCAGACAUCGUGAAGUCCACCAUUUUUUUCUGACGAUUCCCGUUUCCACGUAUUUAUAAAAGCGAGCGUCUUUGCUGUGCACUGAUGUCGGUGGGACUGGAGUCUGGGUUUUCUAGCGAGGAGGUGCUGAAUAGUCGCUUCCCUCUUCAUCGCGCGUGCAGAGAUGGAGAUGUGGGCGCCCUGUGCUCGCUGCUCCAGUGCAGCACAGAUCAGCUGGCUGUGGAGGACUCUUUCUACGGGUGGACUCCUCUGCACUGGGCUGCACACUUCGGCAAGCUGGAGUGUGUCAUGCGUCUGGUGCAGGUGGGAUGUGGUGUGAACUUUGUGACCUCUCGGUUUGCCCAGACACCAGCUCAUAUUGCUGCCUUCGGGGGUCAUCCUCAGUGCUUGCUCUGGCUGCUGCAGACUGGAGCUGAUAUAAACAGACAGGACUAUGUUGGAGAAACCCCCCUUCACAAAGCGGCCCGUGCUGGCAGCAUUGACUGCAUUAACACGCUCCUGGUCCAGGGAGCCAAGGCAGACAUGAGAAACGCUAGUGGACUGACCGCGGCUGACCUAGCCCAUGCCCAGGGCUUUGAAGAGUGUGCCCAACUCCUUUUCAAUGCCCAGAACCAGCGGCUCAAUCAGCUUAACGGGUUCUCAAACAAUGGCUCUGUGUGUUUUGGGGACCGCAAGCUAAUCCAAGAACGGAGCAUCCUUAAUGGGGUUCCCAGCCGAAAAAGGUCUCUUGAUUGCAUGGAGUCUAAUCUAAUUAAAAAGGCCAGAACAGAUGAUAUCGGUUAUCAGCCGAUGAAUGGAGUAAACGGAUCCAACGGAGAAGACCUGAUGGAGAACAUGCACAUGGAGUUUGGCGAAGCACUGAGUACCCCAGCAGGACUCCCAUUAAACGGACAUUGCCAUCUUGUGCAGCACCUCAAUGGAGGUGGCCUGAUGCACGGGAACGUAAAUGGGAAUACAACCAAGGUUGAGAGUGGUGAUCAUAUUGGGAAUGUGGGUGUCUCCUCACAUCUUGGUUACUUUGACAAUGGCCUUCAUUUUGGGCAUCAUAAUGGCUUGGGAGAUACGGCUGAGAACAUGGAGGACGCCAGCAGUCAGAUAGAGCACCGCAAGUCAGUCAGUGUAGAGCAGCAGUAUGACUUCAACACCAUGCACCUCUACCAUGGGUGUUAGGACGUCCCGUCCAGACUCGUAUGCCUUUAUAUAUCCAUAUAGGAUGUGCUGAAUUGCUUUAAGUCCAUAUCCUUUGAAAUGGACACUGUAUUUGUAUUUGUGUUGUAAAAAAAAAAAAGAGCAGUUCUUUUUUGAAUUUCUAAUUUGGGUCAUUUCA